AUGCACGUCACCUGUACGUACAUAGAGUUGAAGGACAAUGCGGACAAGAGAACGUGGCAAGACUGGUUGGGGCUGGCAACUAGUUUGUACCCCGUGUAUGUCUCGCUGGGGGCACUUCUGGCGGUGGUUCGACCGUCAUCCUUUGCAUGGUUCUGUGCGGGCGGGCCAACUUUGUACAGCUCUGCUUUGGGGAUCAUCAUGCUGUCUAUGGGCCUCACAAUGGGGUGGGAGGACCUGCGGGCCUUGUUACUAGGCCAUCCCGCGGCCAUCGCAUUCGGCUUUGCCGCGCAGUAUGUCCUGAUGCCGCUCCUAGGCUUAGUGGUUAGUCACGCGCUCGGGCUGCCCUCGGCGCUGGCAGCGGGGGUGGUUCUGCUGUCGUGCUGUCCAGGAGGGACUGCUUCCAAUGUGGUGACCUUGAUUGGGUAUGGCGACGUCCCGCUGUCCAUCAUGAUGACCAUCUGCACCACCUUUGGAGCUGUGAUCAUGACGCCCUUCCUGAUGCAAACACUGGCGGGCACGCUGGUGCCCAUUGACGCAGCGGGACUUGCGCUCAGCACACUACAGGUGGUUCUCCUCCCCGUGCUCCUGGGCAUGACGUGCAAGAACUACUUUCCCCGGGCCGUCGAGAAAGUCCUCCCUUUUGCGCCCUUGACCGCGGUUUUAACGUCGUCACUGCUGGCAAGCAGCGUGUUCUCGGCCAACGUCCCCCUCUUCCAGCUCCCCUCCGGGGCCGCCGUGCAAGCGGCGCUCGGCACAGCUUCGCUAGCGAGCGACGCAGUGCUCCCCCUGGGGCGUAUUGUUGCGGCCGUGUUUCUGGUUCACGCAGGGGGUUUCGGACUGGGCUACCUGGUCGCGGUGUUAGCGGGGUUCAAGGAGGCGAGACGACGGGCGAUCUCGAUUGAGGUCGGCAUGCAGAACGCGUCGCUGGGUGUGGUCCUCGCGACCAAGCACUUUGCCUCGCCGCUGACGCCCCUCCCGUGCGCCAUCUCCGCCAUCAUGAUGAACGUCAUGGGCAGCAGCCUCGCGGUCGCAUGGCGGCGACAGGGGGCCCCGCGAGAGACGGACGCGGUCGAUACCUCACUAAUUACGGAAGAGCGUUCUUGACACAGAGUGUUGCGUGCGAGAGGAUUUGGUAGUCUAGAACUGGGAUGUGCGAUGAGAAGCAACUGAGAAUGUUUUUGCGACUGCAUGUACCAUUGUCGCGACGUUUGACUACGCAGGGUUUCUUAGAGAUUCAGCAUCUAUAAAAAGCUUUAGUACUGCGCAGCGGUUGCGUGCUCUGAGCCCGCGUUUCUCGCAUAGAUUGAGCGUAUGCGAAUAUUAUCAAACUUGGUUGAGAUCUUCCAACCGAGCCUAGCUGUCAAGCCAAACGUUCACCAGCCAAAAGAAGAUGUAACCAGUAGCUCUUCGUCAUCGACUUGAACCGGACUCCGUCGGACGUGGUAGAUUUAUAUGGUCCAGCCAUUAUACUCUCCAGAAAAAAUGCCUUGCAAUAAUGGAAAUAGGUACCGGUAAGGGCCGUUUCAUGGACAUUGUGAAACGGCACUGGACAUGUAUACUCGGCGCGAGUCAGACAAUCUGGUGACUCAUCAGAUUCCUACA